GGAGUGGUCAGGGUUCAGUGUGUCAGAGCGCAGGAUCAUCGCCUGCAAGUCAACAAAGUCAAAGCCCAAGAACCGAUCAUUUUAUCAUCGUGGUUGAACAUGGACGACGCUAUGGAGGGCUCGUACAAAUAUUACGUUUACUUUGAGUGUCCUGACGUUGAUGACAAAAGGAAAAAGAAUAUCGAAUUCUACUUCAAAAAUAAACGUAAAUCAUGCGGUGGGGAAUGCGGACGGGUGGAUGUUUUCAAAGGAAAUGUUUAUAGGAUUGCAUUCGAAGAUAAAGAAGUUCAGCAUAGUGUGCUGGAGAAACGUGAUCACUCGGUCGAGAGGGAGAACAAAAUUGUUGCCAGUUUUACCGUCCAUGAAACCCCAGAGUCUCUCCUUCCUGACCCGUCAACCGUCACAACUACACCCGAAGCUGAUAACCCGAAAGUGGGGUUGUCAUCUCCACCUGAGACUAAAUUUCCUGUUGCCGCCUCACCAUCACAACCAAUGGUUCAAAAUCUUCAAUCACACUUCGAAAGUUCACCUCUCCAAAAUCCUCUGAAAGAACCUUCAAUGGCAGGGCAGAACCCAGAGGAUGAGCUCUCAUCCUCUGCCGGUCAUGCUCAGUUAGAUCUAGACAAGAACAGGGUUAUAGUUAGUGGUGCAGGGAAGAUCCAACCUGAGGAAUUCAAGCCCUUGAAGGAUAGGGAGGAGCAAGGGGAUGACAAAGUCAAAGAAACGUUCAAGCAUAGUCAGGCGGACAAGGUAGACAUUGUUUACGUCAUUCAAGGAAAUCCUGCAGAGGCAGAAUCCCCCAGUAUCAGAGUGCAGCCUCAUCCAUCAGGAUUCCACAAGGCAGGUUCUCUCUCGUGGGAAGAACCACAAAGAAGGCCCCUUUCUGAUCAGCAUGGCCCCAGAGACCACAUGGGGUCUGCUGCUAGAGAAGUCCAAGAAGGAAAGGGGAGUCAACGUUAUGACCUACCCGGGGGAGUAACCGUGCUGGUGUGUCGUGGUGACAUCACCAAGGUCAAAGCAGACGCGCUGGUGAAUGCCGCCAAUGGAAAACUGGAUCAUGGCGGAGGUGUUGCUGCUGCCCUGAGCCACGCAGGAGGUCCUGAAGUCCAGCGAGAAAGCAAUGCUUUAGUAAGAAAACAUGGGAGAUAUGCUACAGGGGAUGCAGUAAUGACUACGGGAGGGCGUCUACAAUGCAGGAAGCUGAUUCACAUCGUUGGGCCUGUACAGGGAGAGGCAAAUGGCCGUGAGCGAGAAUUACUAACACGCUCGGUAGGGUCAGUGCUGAAACUGGCGGAUGAGAACAAGUUCCAGUCCAUAGCAAUUCCCUGUAUAAGCUCCGGCAUUUUCAAAGUUCCAAUCAGUUUGUGUGCAGAAGCAAUAGUCACAGCUGUGUCUGACUUUGGGAGUCAAAGCCAGCACCUGAAGAGAAUUACCCUGAUUGACACCAGAGAGGAGGUAGUGAAGGCCUUAAAAGCGGCAUGUGAGAGUAUCUUUUCCUCGGCCGAUGCAGAACAAGAAACAGCCGGGGAUCGCCAGUUCCAUGAGAGCCCUGGAGCCUCGAGUCGAUGGUCAGAUUCUGGCGCUAAUCCAGUAAACCAUGGCGAGAAAGGUAGAAUUAUGAAUGAUGACCCUUCUCAUAAGCCCCACAAACAGCACGAGCAUCGAGAAGAAGUGGGGCCUUCUGCAAGAAAAGUCCAAAGAGGAAAGGGGCGUCAAUGUUAUAACCUUCCCGGGGGAGUAAGCGUUGUGGUGUGUUGUGGUGACAUCACCGAGGAAGAAGCAGAUGUGCUGGUGAAUGUUGCCAAUAGAAACCUGAAGCAUGACGGAGGCGUUGCGGCUGCCCUGAGCAGCGCAGGAGGUCCUGAAGUGCAGCAAGAAAGUAAAGAUUUAGUAAGAGAACAUGGGACAUAUGCUACAGGGGCCAUAGUAAUGACUACGGGAGGGCAUCUACAAUGCAAGAAGCUGAUUCACAUCGUCAGGCCUGUACCGGGAGAUGAGAAUGCCAGUGAGAGGUUCUCCCUGAAAGAAACGGUUUGGUCAGCACUGAAACUGGCGGAUGAAAACGAGUUCAAAUCCAUAGCCAUGCCCUGUAUAAGCUCAGGUAAUUCCGAAGUUCUUAUCAGUGAGUGUGCAGAAGCAAUUGUAUCAGCUGUGUUUCGCUUUGGGAAACAAAGCCAACGUCUGAACAAAAUUACCCUGAUUGACACCAGAGAGGAGGUAGUGGAGGCCUUAAAAGCGGCCUGCGACAGGAUGUUUUUUUCCUUGGAGAUUGCAGAACCAGAAGCGUCCAGGGAUCGCCAGUCACAUGAGAGCACUGGAGCCUUUGGUCCAGGUUCCAAUUCUGGCGCCAAUCCAGUAAACCAUGGGGAGGAAGGAAGAAAUAUGACUGAUGACCCUACUCAUAAGCCUCUCAAAAAGCAUGAGCAUCAAGGAGAAGUGGGGCCUGCUGCAAGACAAGUCCAAGGAGGAAGGGGGAUUCAAUGUUAUGUCCUUUCCGGGGGAGUCAAAGUGGUGGUGUGUCGUGGUGACAUCACCAAGGAAGAUGCAGAUGUGCUUGUGACUGCCACCAAUGGAUACCUGGAUCAAUACGGAGGUGUUGCCGCUGCCCUGAGCCGUGAAGGAGGUCCUGAAGUGCAGCAAGAAAGUAAAGAUUUAGUAAGAAAACAUGGGACAUAUGCUACAGGGGCCACAGUAAUGACUACGGGAGGGCGUUUGAAAUGCCAGAAGCUGAUUCACAUCGUCAGGCCUGUACCGGGAGAUGAGAAUGGCAGUGAGAAGUUCUCCCUGAAAGAAUCGGUUUGGUCAGCACUGAAACUGGCGGAUGAUAACGAGUUCAAGUCCAUAGCCAUGCCCUGUAUAAGCUCAGGUAAUUCCAAAAUUCGUAUCAGUGAGUGUGCAGAAGCAAUUGUAUCAGCUGUGUUUCGCUUUGGGAAACAAAGCCAACAUCUGAACAAAAUGACCCUGAUUGACACCAGAGAGGAGGUAGAGGAAGCCUUGAAAGCGGCCUGCGACAGGAUGUUUUCCUUGGAGUUUGCAGAACCAGAAGCAUCCGGGGAUCGCCACUUCCAGGAGAGCACUGGAGCCUCGAGUGGACGGUCCAAGUCUGGCGCUGAUCCAGUAAACACUGGGACAGAUGUCAGUGGCAUCAAGUUGGAGACCGCGGUGGGGCUCAUCGAGGAACAGAAAGUUGAUGCCAUAGUCUCACCUAUGAAAGACAAUGACCCUCUCUCUACCGGUUUGGGGAAAAUAUUGUCUGAGAUAAUCGGAAAAAGGUUGAAGACUGCAUUUUCAAAGAUGGGAAAGAAAUGGCAGUUGCCUGUUGAAGUCGACGUUAAUGAUCUCGAGAAGCUUCACUGUCACAAGGUCUUCUUCGUUAAUCUUCUGCCCUGGGAUGAGCAACACAGAGAAGCAGCUGUCCUGGCUCUGAAACGUGGGCUUGAACACGUUUUGACUUCCUGUCGAGACCAAAGAUUUGUCUCCGUUGCUUUCCCAAUGCUUGGUACUGGGGAAGUGUUGCAAUUCCCCCAGGAUGUGGCGGAAUCAGCCCUGCUGGAGGUGGUCGGAUCGCCCAUGCUGAACAGGCACAGCGGCAGGCCAUUGGUGGUCCGCAUUGUCGUGCACCCCAGUGACCCCCAAACACGCAAGGCCAUGACACCACAACAGACAAAUAGCAACGCUGCCCCCAGAGCUUCCUUUUCCAGAUAUGUCUUGAAUCACCCUGACAAGGACACAGCCAUGGUUGGUGGAGUCAAGCUUGAGCUGGUUCGUGCUGACAUCGUUGAUGAGAAAACGGAUGUCAUUGUAAACACAAUAAAUAGAUCUGCCGACCAAUCAGGUGUUUCCAAGGCCAUACUCGAGGCAGCUGGAACGCAUGUAAAAGAUGAGUUUGCUGCAAAACACGCUGCCCUAGCUGGGCAAAAGGGUUUGUUUUCCACUGGACCUGGAAGGCUAAAUUGCAAGGACAUCCUUCACGCCACCUUUUACAGCGAUCCAAAGAUGAUGCGUGAGACCUGUGAAAUCAUCUUAAAGAGCUUUGAAUCAAAACACCACAGCUCUGUCUCCUUCCCAGCUCUGGGCACAGGCGCAGGGUACAUGGAUCCUAAAGUGGCUUGUACCGCCAUGCUGGAUGGAAUUGAAGCAGCUGUGAGGAGCAUGGGUCCAACUUCCCUCACCCUGGUCCGCAUUGUCUUUAAGCAGCGGGAUGUGCAGAAGAAUUUCAGAUCGGUGCUUCAGAAUCGCUGUGAAGAAACUGCGCGUCAACAGCAAGGUCAAGAUGAUUGGGAGGAUCUUGGCACCAGCACCCAAAGCUCUUCACCUUCUUUCUCCUCCUCAAGGGGCAAACCGAAACCAAAUCCAUUCUGGGAAAAUUGUCAAAUUUCUUGAAAGACGAAUAAUUAAUGUUUGACCCGCGGCCGAGAGCUGCUGAUGGGAUUGGAUCCCCAUCGUCCGGAGCCUACCUAGGCACCGUUGAGCAAGUGGCCUUAAGCCAUACCUGCUCCUUCUUGACAUGGCGCAUCCAAAUUCAUUGCUUCAGAUUAGGGGUCAUAAAUGGUGUAAAGUCAUAAAUAGUUUUGUAUUAGUCCGCUUUAAAUUGACAGUGGGUUUGAAAACACAUCCAGAGGGGAAUUGAGAAAUAUUUACAAAGUGAUGAAUAGAUGGUGUUCAAAAUCAUAAUUGGUUAGAGUAGUAUAAAUCGCAUCAUGAAUUAAUCAAGAUUUUAAAGUGUAGUUUUAAUUAAGUAGGCUACUAUGGAUUUAAUAUUUUAUCAUCAGCCUGUAAUUCUUAUUGCAUAUUGAAUUUUGAAUUAAACUCUUUCCUUGUAUCUCCAUAAUUAAAGGGUAAAACAGCAAACGUAUGAGUGUGGAGUAUUUCAGUUUAUCUGUCCCAAAAUGUCAACUUUUGAGGAAAGCAUUUUCACUCAAAUUU